AUGAGUCUGAGGUCGCCUUAUUAUCAAGUCAUCGACGGCGUCCGGCGCUCCGCUAUCGUCCAGCCGGAGAUCUUGAGAAAAGCCCUGCGCUUCACGCCAGCGAAGGGAGACAUUUUGCAGAUGUCGUAUCCGAAAUGCGGGACGCAUUGGAUGCAGUACCUGACGCUCCUGGUUCUCAACGAAGGGCGGCCCAUCAGGAGCUAUCAAGAGUUUGUGAGCAGUGGCCGAUCUCUCGAGUACGCCGGCGUCGAGGACUGGAAACCGUACAAUGGUGUACGGACACUUCCGUACAGAGCGCUGAUGACGCAUUUGGACCCACCGACGAAGAAUCGUCUAAACAUGAACGCGAAGUACGUGUACGUGGCACGCAACCCCUGGGACUGUUGCGUCUCCUUCUACCACCACGUGUCGAAUCUCAGUCCGUUUUGUUUCCAAGAUGGGACGUUCGACGAGUUUCUCGCCUCGUUCCUGAGAGGCGACUUCGGCUACGGUGACUACUUCGACCACCUCUUGGCCGGUUACGCCCUGAAAGAAGAACCUAACGUGUUUUUUGUCACGUACGAGCAGCUCAAGAGGGACGUGCGCUCAGUGGUGCUUAAGCUUGCUUAUUUUCUUGGCGAACGAUACGGCAGAGCUCUGGAAACGGACAAACAUCUGCUCAGCACGUUGCUGGAGAGGUUGACAGUGGAGAGCAUGAGGAACGUGCUCGUUCUGGACUUGGCGGGAAAGGAGAAUCCUGCAAUGAAUGGCCUCUUCAAGGGUCGCGAAGUUUACGCGAAUGUCGGAUACCAGGGUGACAAGAGGAAGUAUUCCUUCGUUCGGAACGGCGUAGUAGGCGGGUGGAGGCAGUGUUUCAGUAAAAGCCAGUUGCGCAAUAUGGAGGCUAGGAUUACCGAGAAGACCAGCGGUUCGGACGUUAUGGAUUUGUGGGUGGACAUUGUAAGGGAAACACAGGAUCUCAUGCGGGAUGGCGAGUGA